GAACUGCAAAGAUCUCAGGCUUUGGAGAUGAAGAUGAUAAAUCCAAGGAAAUAAUCCAGCUGCCGCCAUUAUGACAACUGAAAGGUCCUUUGUGUCAAAAUGAACAGUCUUUGAGAAAAAUCUGGAAAGCAGUUAAAUCUGAAAAAUGGGAGAAAGAGUAAGGAGCCCAGAUUCUGAACACGACAGGAAAUCAGAUGGGGAUAAAAAUAGUGACUCCUAUUAUUCAGAUGAAGAUAAUGGAUCUCGUUCAUCUGGCCAGUCGCCAACGCUAAGCUAUCCAUCUACAAGCCAAGAAAAAAGAGAUCACAAAACACAAACUUCAAACAGCCUUGUACACUACCAAGCCACAAAGAAAUUGGGCUCCAAAUAUGCACCAAGCAAAAGAGGGACACGGUGGGGUUUCCGUUCUCAGAGCCUCACUAGGGAUUCUCCUGCAAAAGAUAUAGAUCUUGUUACAAAAAGAGUUCUUUCUGCUAGGCUGCUGAAAAUCAAUGAGCUCCGAAAUGAACUGACUGAACUCCACAUCAAACUGGAUGAGCUGCAGAAGGAAAACAGGGCACUGAAGAGGCUUCAGCACAGGCAGGAGAAAGCCUUGAAUAAGUUUGAAGAUACAGAAAACGAAAUCUCUCAGCUCCUUGCUCGGCACAACAAUGAGAUUAGAAUAUUAAGGGAGCGCCUCCGAAAAUCUCAAGAGAGAGAACGUGCAACCGAGAGACGGCUGAAAGAUUCGGAAGAUGAACUGUACAGAACAAAAACUGUCUUGCAGAAACUGAAAAAACUGUCUGCAGAUAAGCACCUUGCUGAAAGAGAUGACCUGGCAAAGAAGCUAGCCUAUGCAGAGAGCAGGCUAGAGGACAGUGAAAAAAGAAUUAAGGAUCUGGAAAAAAAUCUUGAAUUAAGUGGUAGCAGUUUUCAACGAGAGUUGCAUUCAAAGAAAAAGAAGAUGUAUGAGGCUCAAGAAGAAAACAGAGUUCUCCAAGAAGAGCUUCAGCAACUAAAUCAGAAGCUGAAGGAAAAAGAAAGAGAACUUGAAGCAAAAAAUAUAUAUGCUAAUCGUAUGUUGAAGCUAUCACCAAGAAAAGACACAGAUAUUAUACAAAGAAGAAGAG